AUGACCAGGGACUGCCAAAUUUGCGCUGAGUGCAAACCGCACUUUUACCGUCCUGACACGGCACAACUUGUCACGGCCACCCGCCCUUUUGAACGACUGAGUAUUGACUUUAAGGGCCCCCUUCCCUCCACUGACCGCAAUGUCUAUUUUCUCAGUGUUAUCGACGAGUACUCAUGGUUCCCCUUUGCCAUCCCCUGCCCCGACACCACUGCCACGUCCGUCAUAAAAGCCCUGCGCCAGCUCUUCACUCUGUUCGGGUAUCCCUGCUAUAUCCACAGCGAUAGAGGGUCCUCCUUUAUGAGUGAGGAGCUGCGCCAGUACUUGCUAGCUAGGGGCAUUGCUACCAGUCGGACCACGAGUUAUAAUCCCCGGGGUAAUGGCCAGGUGGAGCGGGAGAAUGCCACAGUGUGGAAGGCCACACUUUUAGCCCUUAAGUCAAAAGGGUUGCCGGUCUCUCGAUGGCAGGAGGUCCUCCCUGAGGCACUGCACUCUAUCCGCUCUCUGUUAUGUACGUCCACCAAUGCCACCCCUCACGAACGCCUAUUCUCUUUUCCCAGGAAGUCUGUCACUGGGACCACCCUACCAGUUUGGCUGAUGUCCCCGGGGCCAGUGCUGCUCCGGAAACAUGUGAGGAGCAAUAAAUACUCCCCGCUGGUGGAGAGGGUUCACCUUCUCCAUGCGAACCCCCCGUAUGCUUACGUGGUCUUACCUGAUGGGCGGGAGGACACGGUCUCCAUCCGCGACCUGGCACCCGCGGGUGCAGCAGACCACUACCCUGAAGGCUCUCCGGUAACUAUGAACCCUGCACCAGAGGUGACACCGUACUCAACAGGCCCUACACAGACUCCUCACGACACUUGUAUACCGGGCGUUUCGUACGCAUUUAUACCAGGCGCCUCGCACAUGCGUGAGGGAUCACCGGCGCCUAGUGGGCAGGAACAAGCGCAACCUCCGUCCACUGUGCAAUCACCAAUGUCGCCGGCAUCCGUGCAAUCACAGAAGGUGCUACGUAGAUCGCAGCGACAGAUUCGACCACCUGAUAGACUUGACUUGUAA